AUGGUAUCCCAUGAUCACUUGGCAAAACUAGCAAACUGUGUUAAGAAAGCCUUUGAUACAGUAUCUCAUAUUCUCAUAGAUAAUUUGAGUUACUGUGACGGAGAUGAUUACAGUCAGCCCAACUGUACUGCAGUUGACAGAGCAAUUGCUAGGCUAGCAGCACACCCACUCUUAAAGACAAAAAUUGCUGAUAUUAAAGCUGCUGUAAAAGCCUUUAAAGCUGCAAGACAGACAGCAGCCAAAGCUCAUUCUUCAGAGGAGUGUAAAUCAGAACAACUUAAAUUGGUGAAACAUUCUAAUAGCAAUACAGAAGACCAAAAUUUUGAAUUAGUUCAAAAACAGAAAGAGGGCAGAAACAAAACGAAGGCGAAUGUGAAAACAGAUACAAACAUACAGGGUAAAGAAAUCGGUGAGAAAAAGUCCAAUCAGGAGACUUUGGACUCUGAGAGAACAUGCAAUCCAGAUGAUCUUCCAUUCCCAGCUUUGGAAACGCAGGCAGUCGUUCAGGCUGAAACAGAAAAAAGAAUUGACAGGCCCAAAAAAAAGAAACUUACAGGUGUGAACAAGGUUAUUGCUACUAAAGAGUCAGAUAGCGAUGUUAGUGAUAUUGAAGAAAAUGACAAACAUAAGGAAUACUUUGAUGACAGCACUGAAGAGAGGUUUUAUAACCAGUCGUCAGAUUCUGAAGAUAACGAUAGCAGUGAUGAUUUCUUUAUCGGCAAAGUAAAGCAGAAAAAAAGGAGGAGAGUGGCAGACUCUAACCAUUCUUCAGCAAAGAAAAUACCCCCAAAAAUGUUACUAAAAGCAGAAAAGGACUCGGAAUUUGUGACAAGAAAGAAUGUGAACACAGAAGUAAACAACCCAAGUGCUAAAGCAAAGAAGCUAGAAUCUGUAUUUUGCACUUCUUUGUCCAGCUCUCAACAGAAAUCCAAAAAUAUGAGGAGAAAUGUAAAGGAACAGCUUCCCAAAAACAGAAGAACAGCUUUUCCGAAAAUGGAACCAGAGUUCAGGAAACACCAGCUUGCUAAAGCUGCAGGUAUAAAGCAUGAAAAUAAGAAAGAGCAUUUGCAGCAACCUCUUCAUCCUUCAUGGGAGGCAAGCAAGAAACGUCAGCAACAGGUGUCUCAAAUUACAGCAUUCCAGGGGAAAAAGAUUAAAUUUGAUGAUGACUGAACUUUUUUCAUGUGAAUUCAGAUUUUUAAAGAUCAUUCUGAAGAUUCAGAUUUUAAAGAAGAUAAAGUUCACAACUGACGAUAUUUACACAUGAAGUAGCUGUGUAUUUGGACUGGAGAGUACUUCUUAUUUUUGGUUAAAAUAAUACAUACAAUGUUGUUUAAAAGCUGAACAGUCUACAGUGCUUGAGAACUACAAAAGUCUCUUUUUUCAAAAUAAUAUUUACAAUUUUUUCCUAUAUUAUUUUCAUUAUAUUGUCCUGAUCUUGUGAAAUGUGAUGUAAAUUUAAAAAACCUUUUUGGCAUAAAAUACCUAUCCCAGAUUCACUCAUUUCAUGUGCUUUAUGAAUAGACUGAUUGGAAGUUCACAUGGUAUGGCUUUAAGGGUUGCCACCUGUGAAAUGCUGAUGAAAGUGAGCAAGUGGAUCUAUGGAUGGAGUUUGUAUCCUGUAGCGUGACAGGUUUUCUUUGUUUUCUACAUUGGUAUUUUUGUUAUGUAAAGUUAGUUCAAGAUUGCUAUUUAAGGACCUCAAUAUGAGACACUAUGGGAAAAACAAGUGUGUUUUAUCUAUGAAAAGACGUUGUUAAUAUUCCUUAAUAUGAACUGUAUUAGAAAUUGUGUAAAAAAAGUAUACACUUACUUCAUCUGGGAGAAGUUCAGAAGUCUAUUACCUGAAUAAGUUUGAAUAAGGUUGAUAAAUUUAUAAAUGUGUCAAGGAAGAAAUGCCAGGUAGUUUUCAUGGAAUAACAAAUUCUAGGUAGGAAUAAAGAUUUAACCUUUUAAAAAAACAAUGCCCAUCUCUGAUUAAAUUAGUAGCUUGGAUAACUGGCAUAGUCAUGUGUAUUCUUUUCUGAAGGAACUCUUCAAUGUUCCUCAUUUUACAUCAUUUACACUUAGUUGCACAAUUAGGUUUCAUCCAACCAAAUUCCUAAAUAUUAAAAUUAGAAAUGAGAGUGUAAAGAAAAAUGUGCCUUCCAAUCCAUUUUUCUGAUUUGUUCCUCCAAAGAGUUUCUUGUUCUUUCAGUCCUCUUAAAUCAGUGGUCUCUAACUUUUUUAUGGUGAAGAUCACUUUUUGACACCUGAGAUCUACGCUCUCCCCCCCCCAAUGCCCCGGUCCUCCCCCACACCGGACAAGCCACCGGGGCUCAUCCAGCCCUCCCAGGCAGCAGGAGAUGUGUCUCAGUCCAUCCACAUGUGUCCUGGCACUCCUGAUCGUGGAGCCUCUGACAGACUGACACACUGUCAGAGGCUCCACAAUCGGCCAGUUGAUCUCAAUCAACUGGUUGGUGACCACUGUCUUAAAUGGUAGAAAGGAUGUUGAAUGGAGAUAGCUGUUUGGAAGCUCAUAGAAUUGAGGGGAAAUAAAAUUCAUUUGAAUGUUUUUCCCCAUAGUUGGUUUUUUUUUCAAAUUAGUUGUUUGAAAAAGAUCUAUAAAUUUUACUGUAAUUUCUUACACAUUAUAGUUUAACUGACUGUGCUACUCUCCUUCACAAACUUUGAAUGAAUUCCCAGAGCUUGUAUUACAGCACUAGGGUUAAGAUGUUGGAAUUUGCAGGUCAUAUAACAUACUGGUAUUUAGGUCCAAAUGAAGUUUUCUCUUUCUGAAUGGGUGAGAAUAUUGGAUUGUGUGUGUUCCAGGAUGUUUUUUCUUCUCACUGCAUUGGUUGAAACAGUCUCUUUGUGUGGUACAUAAGGAAAGUUUAUACCUGUUCUGAAGAAUUCAAGCCACCCUUCUAGCAUUAGCAUCAAAGUAAUCUUGCUGUAUGUAAGCAGCCAUUGGCUGUACUUAGGAACUAGGUUUGUUGUAUUUUUGACCAUGUGUUUUUCUUCAGGGAAAAUCAUGUUCUGAAGGGGGAAAAAAUCCCCAUCCUUUACAUCAUAUAGCCAGGGCACACUUUAUGUAUUUUCUAGACAAGAAUCCUUUUUUAAGGAUUAGUUCUAGUUCAAACAAUUUGAUGUGCAUUUUUUUCUGGUUUCAAUAAAACACAGGAAAUGCUUUCUCUCCUUUUGUUAGCUGUUAUCACUUAUAAAAUGCUUCUUCACAGACUGCUAAUAUUUUCUGGGCAACUGCAAGUUUCCCAAUUUUGACUCUCGUUAUUGAGCAAAUGAUUGAAAGAAAAGCUGUAAAUUUGAAAUGUUAAGCAAAUGUAGUGUCUACAAUACAUAGUUAGAAGCUGAUUAAAGGUAAGAAUUUUUGAUC